AUGGUAUUUUACCUUGCUCUCAACGGGAAUAUUCCACCCUUACUGAAUUUCUUCGGAGCACAUGGAAGGGUUCGUGACUGUGCCAACCUAGUGCGACUACAGAAAACGCUAAAUCCUGAUUGGCGGUUUGUCAUAAACAGCGGUGACAGUGAUCUCAAGAUUAUAACCGAUUUCGUUAAACAGAGCAUUUGCUCAAUCCACUAUCUAUAUCGCGGAGCGCGAUCUAUCGUGGUCACCAGCAACGACGCUCGGGCACCAACGACCAAGACGCUCAUGGGCGUCCUGGAAACUACACUUUUUGACGGAUCUACUGUUUGA